AUGGGUCAGACACUCUCCGAGCCCGUCGUCGACAAGAAAUCAGAGUCCGGCGAUGGCGAGACGUUCAUCUUCGGCACCUCCUCGAUGCAGGGCUGGCGCAUCAGCAUGGAGGAUGCCCACGCCUGCAUCCUCGACCUCCAGGCCGCAGUUGAGGGUGGCAAACCUACCGAGGCCGACCAGCGACUGGCAUUCUUCGGUGUAUACGACGGCCAUGGCGGCGACAAGGUAGCCAUCUACACAGGCGAGCACCUGCACGAGAUCGUAGCAAAACAAGAGGCGUUCAAGGAGGGCGACAUAAAAAAGGCUCUCCAGGACGGCUUCCUCGCUACUGACAGGGCCAUUCUGAGCGAUCCAAGAUACGAGGAGGAGGUCUCUGGCUGCACAGCAUCAGUUGGUAUCCUCUCCAAGGACAAGAUCUACGUCGCCAACUCUGGCGACUCGCGUACAGUCUUGGGUGUAAAGGGCCGCGCAAAGCCGCUCUCUUUCGACCACAAGCCUCAGAACGAGGCUGAGAAGGCACGUAUCCAGGCCGCAGGAGGUUUCGUCGACUUCGGCCGCGUGAACGGCAACCUUGCCCUGUCCCGCGCAAUAGGUGACUUCGAGUUCAAGAAGAGCGCCGAUCUUCCGCCUGAGCAGCAGAUCGUUACCGCAUUUCCCGACGUUGAGAUACACGAGAUCAAUGCCGACGACGAAUUCCUCGUUGUUGCUUGCGACGGCAUCUGGGAUGUACAAUCCUCUCAAGCCGUCAUCGAGUUCGUUAGGCGCGGAAUUGUGGCAAAGCAGGACCUCGCCUCUAUCUGCGAGAACAUGAUGGACAACUGCUUGGCUUCCAACAGCGACACUGGAGGUGUUGGCUGCGACAACAUGACCAUCACCAUUGUUGGUCUGCUCCAGGGACGCACCAAGGAGCAGUGGUACGAGGAUAUCGCAAAGAGGGUUGCAAAUGGAGAGGGCCCAUCCGAGUUCCGCGGCCCGGGAGUCCAUCACCGCAUUGACGAUAGCCCCGAUGAGCAUGACAUGGAUCUUGACCACCGGUUUAGUCCGAGUACCGGUACGGGUGGCCGCAUCAUUCUGUUAGGCGAUGGCACUGAAAUUGAAACCGACGGCGCAGACAACGAAAUGUUCGACAACGACGACGAAGAGAAAGACCUCGAUUCCCAGGUCAACAAGUUCAGCAAAGACGACGCGAAGCGCGAGGGAACCCCGGGGCCCAAUACCACCGAGGUGACCGAGUCGCCCUCAUCCGUCGCGACCGAGAAGUCUGAAGACAAGGACACGACCGGCGAGAAGACGAAGCUGGAAACAGCUGCGAGCGAGAAAUAG